CUGCAUCCUUUUCAUGGUUGUAUAGGAGCGUAGAGAGCAUCGCUUCAUUUGGAGCGGUGCUGCUUUGGAUCUUGCUGACCUGGGCUCCCUUUGCCAGUCCAGACAGAGUAAUGAAAUCCCACCCUCUUGGUUCCAACGACAAAGGUAUUUCUAUGAGCCCAUCGGAUGGUCUGACCACACAGCAGCCGCAGCUUCCUUUUGCUUCUCUUCUUCCAUAAGCUGGGGCUGUCAUGGCGACUCCCAACAAUAUUACUGCCACAAACUGCAGCUGGUGGCCCAUUUCACCGCUGGAGAAUGAUGCAGGCAAAUCCACGGAGGUUGAGGAGAAUCGGGAUCCAACACACCCUGCCUUCAGGUCCAAGGACAGGCUGGUUCUGUAUCACUGGACCCAAUCCUUCAGCUCACAGAAGGUCCGUCUGGUCAUUGCAGAAAAAGGGAUACCUUGUGAAGAACGAGAUGUGAGCAUGCCCUUGACUGAGCAUAAAGAACCAUGGUUUAUGCGCCUAAACCUUGGGGAAGAAGUACCUGUCAUCAUCCAUGGAGAUAAUAUAAUCAGUGACUACAAUCAAAUAAUUGACUACAUGGAGAAAAACUUCACAGGAGAGCACGUCAUCCAGCUAGUUCCUGAGAACGGAAGCCUCCUUCAUUCACGAGUAAUGCAGUAUAGAGAAAUCCUAGAUUCCUUACCCAUGGAUGCCUACACUCAUGGAUGUAUUCUUCAUCCAGAACUCACCACAGACUCCAUGAUUCCAAAGUAUGCUACAGCUGAGAUUCGCAGUAAGUGGCCAGUUAUGGAGGGCCUUAUUGAGUAGAAGAUUAUAGAUAUGGAUAUAUGACAGGAGUGUCAAAC